AUGUCGACCGCGCGCGAGUGUCUUGGGCCUCUCGUCUCGUACCUACCCUACCCCACCUUCACCCGUGUGCAGGAGACCGUCAUCCCGACGCUGCUCCAGGGCGACGGCAACGUCGUCGUGGCUGCACCGACCGGCAGUGGUAAGACUGCCCUGUUGGAGGUGGCGAUGCUGCGUCUCUUCCAGCCUCACCUUUGCCUCCACACAGGAAGAGCUGCUAGCGAAUCUGGUCGCGGGACGGCAUCGAAGGGAAAGGCGGUGUACGUAUGCCCUAUCAAGGCCCUUGCCAGCGAAAAGUAUGGGCUAUGGCAGGAAAAGUUUCCAACUCUUUCAGUGGCGCUUGAAACAGGAGAUCAGGAGCUGUCACGAGGAGAAGAGGGCAGAUUACUUGAAGUUCCCGACGCGGAUAUUAUCAUCACAACACCAGAGCGAUGGGACAGUAUUACACGGCGGUGGAAGGAGGGGGUCGUUUGGAGUUUGAUGGCAUCUGUUGCCCUGCUUCUACUUGACGAAGUACACACUGUGAGUGAGGAAAGAGGCGCCGCUCUGGAGGCUAUUGUAAGUCGUAUGAAGGCCAUAAAGGCGUGUAUGUCUAGUCGUGGACCCCACUUCUUCUCCACCCGGUUUGUAGCUAUCAGUGGAACCCUGCCGAAUAUUGCGGACUUUGCUGAGUGGCUGCAGGUGGAGCCCAGUGGCGUUUUCUCAUUUACCUCUGCGGAUCGACCGGUGCCGCUGACAUUACGGAUUGUGUCAUAUCCCAGCACCUCAAACAACCCCUUUGCGUUUGAUCGCUUUCUUUCCUUCAAGUUGUUUGGCCUUAUACGCCAGUUCAGUGCAGGCAGGCCGACUAUUGUGUUUUGUGCCUCGCGCAAGGAGGCGAUUAAUUCCUCCUUGAGGAUCGUGGCGGAGGUGAAGGAGGCGGCCUCACGAGAGGAUGCGGAGGAUCGUCUGCGGCCAACUGAAGAAGUGGAACGGUUGGCGUCAUCAGCGACUGACAAGCAGUUGCGGGGACUCCUCUUGCUUGGGAUUGCCUACCACCAUGCAGCAAUGUUGAUGCAUGAUCGCGUUCUCGUGGAGCGUAUGUUUCGAGAGCAUUACAUCUCUGUGAUUUGCACAACCACGACGCUGGCUCUCGGCGUCAACCUUCCCGCCCACCUUGUGAUCAUCAAAGGCACGACAUUCUUUAAGAGUGGUCGUCGUGAGGACCUGCCGCUCUCGGAGGUCGCACAGAUGAGUGGGCGGGCGGGGCGUCCCGGCCUUGACACCCACGGCAUUGCACUCGUUCUCACAACAGAAGCUAAAGCCACCCUUUAUGAGCCGCUGCGACAUGGUGACUCCUGUUCAACAGUUGAAAGCCAGCUACAUCAGAGGAUGAUUGAGCACGUGAACGCGGAGGUGGCCCUGCGCACUAUUCACAGUUUUGCCCUUGGCGUCGAAUGGAUUAAGACGACGUUUUUGUGGAUUCGUUUAAGACACUGUCCGCGACAUUAUGGCAUCCUCUUUUCCACAAAGGAGGAGGAAUCUUCUUUUGACCGCGAGGAGUUCGCAGCUAAGCUCAUGCGACGCAUGCUCACAGAAUUGAAACAUCAAAGGUGCGUUUCCAUGCGUUAUGAAGAUGCUUCUGGUGAAGAAAGAAGUGGUCUAGCGAGUGGCGGGGUUCACGGUGGGCGCGAUGGCGUUCACAUGGAAAACAUGACUGGAGUAGUGGAGAGCACACGUGUUGGGCGGGCCAUGGCGAGGCGAUAUGUUUUGCUAAAGACGGUAGAGCUACUCAACGGAGAGACGGCGCGUGCCCGCUCGCAGUUAAACGCCUUGGCGGGGGCCGCCGGAGAGGACGCGUUAAAACCCACCCAAGAGGGUAAGACGCUGGAAAAGUUGGAAGUUGCUCCCGUUGUAUUCACAUUGCCACAAAUUCUUGGUAUUCUGAGCCGAUUCGCGGAGUUUAAGGAGCUGCGUCUUCGUCAAGGGGAUCGGAGGCAUUUGAACGAGCUGAAUAGGGACAUCCGCUUCCCGUUGAAGUCUGGCAUUCGAGGAGGAAGGGAGGUGCGUGAGGACUGGCAUAAGGUAUACGUGCUCCUCCAGGCCCAACUGGCGCACACACCGAUCAGCGAUUUUUCCCUGCGAAACGAUUCUGUUCGGCUUUGGACAACGGUUCCGCGAUUAGCUCGCUUUCUCGUUGACUAUGCCGGGACAAUGAACUCCUACUCCUUUAUGAAGGAAAGCUCCCUUCUCUUGCGCUGCAUGGAGCAAAGGAUGUGGUGGGAUGGGCCUGUUUUGAGGCAGUUGGAGGGCGUCAGUGAGAGUGUCGCCAAGGCGCUCCUGCAGGGCGGUAUCGGAGGCGUCACCGAUGUCUUAGCGUCUGAUCCCCGAAAGUUGGAGAGCCUCUGUGGCAAGAGCAUUCCCUUUGGCAGUGAAUUGCAGGAUUUGUGUCGGGCGAUACCGAAGUGUGGGCUCUCGCUUGAGCUCUGUGGGAGUUCUGAGGCCAUCAGGGCAGUUGUCACCCUGGCGCCUCAGCCCUGCAGGGCACGCGGCAGUCACGUCAAGUAUCAUCGCAUGGUUGUCAUUGUGGGUCACACCGCAACGGACGCAAUCCUGCUCCUUCGGCAAUUCUGCCCCUCUGACGCCAAGGAGGGGCAAAUAACAUUCACCUUUCAGGUACCGCGCGGUUGCCAAGGUUGUGUUGUGGGCCAACUUUUUACAGAGCAGCACAUGCUUGGGGGUGAUGCCCAAGCAGUUCUUAACCUGGGCGAGCGCACCAGGGCGGAGGGACACGAGAAUUCCGUUGACGAGGCUGCGGCGCGGACCCAGCAGAGGACAAGUGGGAUUCUGCCGUCUAAUGCGUUCAAUGCGCUUCUCCGUGACCUUCGUUGGGUGGAAGGUUCUUCUCCCAGCAGUGCAAUGCAUGCGGCGCGGAUUUCCCCGCGGAGGCAUGAUGCCAGCGCUGCGAAUGCAAUGGGUUCAUCAACGGAUACAGUUUUGUUGGAGCAACGGCCUCUCGUCAGCGGGUCCACUCCAGAGAGGUCCUCCUCUCGCGACGCCGGCGCCGUGAACGAGGGCAGAAGCACCGAGGCCGCUGAACGGGCUCAUCCACGCGGUGGUGUAGAUACCGCCGUAACAGAGGUAGAUGACGACUACAGACAUUUGGUGAUGCGUACAAGUUGCAUUGCCUCCCAGUUGAAGUUUAACAACAAUUCCCCCGUCUUGCCUUGCAAACGACUUCGUCAGGAAACCAGCACGAGCCCAAGUGCCUCUUUUCGACCUCUGCAGAGCUCAUUCGCAGGUGCGCAGGAGGGGGCCUCUUCUGCUUCACUUCCUCAUGGGGUUUCCGUGGCGCUUCCCAAAGCUGAUUCUCCAGAUUCCCCUGCAGUUUCGCGCGGCGCCGCCGCCGCCGCCACCUACUCACACCCAUCCGCGCGAUUUCGCGUUGCUGUGCAGUUCUCCGCACCACAAGAACGGCUUCAGGAACCCCCCUUUCGAGUUAUGGGGAGCUGUGGGCGGUUUGUGGGGCUCACGGCUGGGGCGCCUGCUGGUGCACAUGGUCCUUUUGGGGGGCCUUCCCAUCUUCUGACGCAGCGGCAGCCCACAUUUAUGCGCGAGUUUCAUCCCCCGCCACGAUGCUUCUAUAACGGCUCGGUUUCGGCGCAGGGAGCUGCCCCACCGUGCUUCAGAAACUCCGUUGGUGAUGUUGUUGCCCAUCACAGCGCCAGCGCGGAUGCGCACCAACCCUGGCAUCGAGGUCUUUUCUCUCCCUCUCCUCAGGGGUGGUCGCGGGGGUGGGUUACCGCUGCUGCAAACCCUCGUACUCCAUGGGAGGCGUCCCGGGCACCGCGCGACUAUCCAACGCUGAACGACAGCUGCUCCGUGUCGAAUCUGGAGCCUCUUCACGGUUCUUUUCUUGCGGCCUCGACGCCCGAGUUUUUCCAUAAAAUGCCUGGCGGAGGCCGCGCGGGUGUCGCGCCACGAGCAACAGCUGUGCAAAGGGGGUGGUGGUAG